CGGGACACAGCUCUAGAGAGGAAGAAUCGCAGACACGGAGGAACACAAGGCCGUUUCUGUUGAAACCCUUGUGUGUGUGUGUGUGGGGGGGCAUCUCAACGUCAAGACGUAUUUUCUAAACAAGGAAUGACCUGUUCUCACUGGACUGUUUGAUGGGGCUUCUAAGGAUCAUGAUGCCGCCAAAGUUUCAGCUUCUGGCGCUGUUGGCAUUCGCAGUAGCCAUGUUCUUCUUGGAGAACCAAAUCCAGAAGCUGGAGGAGUCUCGGGUGAAGCUAGAGCGGGCCAUCGCCAGGCACGAGGUGCACGAGAUCGAGGAGAGGCACACGCAGGACGGCCUGCGGGAGCGGGAGGCCCCCUCGGCGGCCGGCGGUGAGGACAUGGUGGUCAUCUACAACCGCGUCCCCAAGACGGCCAGCACCUCCUUCACCAACAUCGCCUACGACCUGUGUGGCAAGAACCGCUACCACGUGCUGCAUAUCAACACCACCAAGAACAACCCAGUCAUGUCCAUGCAGGACCAGGUGCGGUUUGUGAAGAACGUGACCGAGUGGGGGGAGAUGAAGCCGGCGUUCUACCACGGCCACGUCUCCUUCCUGGACUUUACAAAGUUUGGAGUAAAAAAGAAGCCCGUCUACAUCAAUGUGAUCCGCGACCCCAUCGAGCGCCUGGUGUCCUACUACUACUUCCUGCGUUUUGGGGACGACUACCGGCCCGGCCUGCGACGCCGGAAACAGGGGGAUAAGAAGACCUUUGAUGAGUGUGUGUCGGCGGGUGGCUCAGACUGCGCCCCGGAAAAGCUGUGGCUGCAGAUCCCUUUUUUCUGUGGUCACUACUCCGAAUGCUGGAACGUGGGCAGCCACUGGGCCCUGGAGCAGGCCAAAUAUAACCUGGUCAAUGAGUACCUGCUGGUGGGGGUGACUGAGGAGCUGGAGGACUUUGUAAUGAUGCUGGAGGCGGCGCUGCCGCGCUUCUUCAGGGGCGCCACUGAGCUCUACAAAACGGGGAAGAAAUCCCACCUGAGGAAGACAAGUGAAAAGAAGCCGCCCACCAAGGAAUCCAGCGCCAGGCUGCAGCAGUCCGCCAUCUGGAAGAUGGAAAACGAGUUCUACGAGUUUGCCCUGGAGCAGUUCCAGUUUGUCCGGGCUCACGCCGUCCGGGAGAAGGACGGGGAGCUCUACCUGCUGGCUCAGAACUUCUUCUAUGAGAAGAUCUACCCCAAAACUAACUAGCGCACAUGAAAGAUGGACCAUUCUUCUAGGCUUCAUGCCGUAGUCACACACACUGGGGAGAGGACAGAGGAGAGGAGGAAAACUAAGAUCAUCAGUGGAUCUGUGGAACUGUCUGUGUUAGACGUUGUUAGCAGUUUCUGAAUGUCGCCCGCUUCACUGACUCCUCCGCCUCCAUAGUAGCCAACAGAACCAGGAAGCUGCCUCUUCCUGGUGCGAGAGUGCCGAUAGGGCAUGUUCCCACCAGCAUCUAAGUUCCAGGACUACCUUUCUCCUUCCAGGUGAAAGUUCACAGGAGUGAUUUGCUUGACAGACACAUGGCAGGAGACGAGUCUACUUGGCACUGGCCAUGUCCUUUUACUUCUGGUCACAUGAUUUGUAUUUUCUGUCCAGAGGGCAGGUUUUUAUUGGCUUGUUCUGUUUGUUUGCAUUUUAUUUGUAUUUUCAUUCUACUUUACUAUCAUCGUCUAUGGGGACAUUGUCGUCCCAUAUUUUAUGUGUUCAAAUGAUGUAACCGUCUAAAAAUUAAAAGUUGACUACAAUGUUAUCUUGGAGUUUAUCUAUAUGAAUUGAAGACGUUUUUACAAAAUCUGAAUUCUGUGGCCUCCAUAGACUUGGGUGACUGAUACACCUUGUUCACUACUGUGGUACUACUAUUCAGUGUUUUAUACUGUACUUAUUUACUUGUAUUCAUACUCUUUGACCCAGUUGGAUUAUUGCUAGGUGGAAUGUGAAGUGUUUACACAUGAUGUAAUUAAACUAUGGAAGAAGACAA